AUGCCGACCUUGUUCUCGUUCCCAUCUCGGUCCUCUGCAACCCCUCUAGCCAUGUACGGCUGUCGGCGCACAUUCACCGCAGCUGCAGCUGCUGCUACCUCGCCUUCCGCAUCCUCGAGCACAUCGGCGGACGGGCGGCUCUUAGUCGCCGGUGCUGAAGCGGUGGAAAAGUCUGGGGCAGCAGCGAUGCGCAGCCUGUACAGGCGCCUGCUCAAGGCCGGCGAAGAGGGCAGAAUGAUGCAGCACUGUCUCACGGUGAACUCUCUGAGCGACAGCUUAACAUACGGACUUCGGUUACUGCGACUGCAUCGUGAGCUGACUACGGUGGACGUGAUAGCACAGCAAACUCCGCGGUGGCGCGUGGCGAAGCGGGCGCGCCAGGAAUUAGCACGUCGCUACUAUGCGUGGAGCCUGCUGUCGCUGCGCCUGCAGCUGCGCAGCCGCAACGCGAUCGCUGACGUCCUUGUGUACUUGCUCUUUGUCACCAUGUGCUUCCUUCUCUACGAAAUCUACCGCGCAUGCCGCAUUGGGGUGAACCGGGCCGAGGAGCGCUAUCGCACGCUCUCCAUCCCCAUUAUUCAGACCUUGGAAGCACUCGAGGCGGCGCAGAUGCGGAAGCGCGAGCUGCGCAAGGAGAUGGAGAAGGACAUUGUGCGAGAGCGUUGA